AAGUUUGUCCAAACGCGCCACUACUCCUCCUCCAGUUGCCAACUCCCCAAGGAAGUCUGCUUGCUCACCAAGACACGCCAUCGUCUCCUUCUCCAAUCUCCAUCCCCUUCCUUCCACAGCACACCUACCUUCGCUCGCUAUAUAUGCCCCUCGCCAUGGCAGCCCCAGCUCUUGCCUUCCCGGACACACGGCCGGGGAGGCCAUGGAUCAUCAGGAGCUCCAAGAAGCCGACGUCCUCUGGCCACACUACAACUCCGAGCACCGCCGCGACGGCGACGACGGCAGCAACGUCGACGGAGACAUCGCCAAGGUGUCCCCGCCGGAGCUGUCUGCCCCGGUCCUCGUGCCUCUCCGGAAGCGGCGGUCUCGAUCCUGGACGGCGUCGUCCGACGGGAGCGGCAGUGGCAACGACGACUGCAGCGACGGCGACGUCCGAUGUACCAACGACGCGAAGAGGAACGUGCCGCCCCACGUCCUGGCCGAGCGACGGCGGAGGCUCGCCGGGAGGUCGACGGCGGCCUACUCCAUGUGCACCGGCAAAGGGAGGACGCUCAAAGGGCGGGACCUCCGCAAUAUCAGGAACCUCGUCCUCAGGAUGACCGGAUUCAUCGAGAAGUGAAAUGGAUUCUACACCGUGGAUAUAUUGCUUCGUUGCUUGGGAACGUCCAUGGAUGUGUGUGAAAGCUUGUGGCAACCUAAUUAGAGUUUUCGGUGAGAGCAGAGGUGAAGAAAGACAAGAGAUGUAAUAAACUCUCUGUUUAAUUAAUUAAUUUUAUCUGUUUAAUCAAAAUUAAGCAUGUGUAGUGUGCGAGUAGCUUGCUCAGGAAUAAAUGUACAUUUCUGA